GAUUACAAAACAAAGUCAUGGGGUUUCGUUGUAUGUUAAUGGAGCUUGCUCUGUUUUCUAUUAAGCUGACAGUCAUGGCAACUUCAUUUGCAGCUGAAGCAAAACCUGGCUGCCAAACCCACUGCGGCGGAAUCACAAUCCCUUACCCUUUCGGAACAGGCAGUGCCGAAUGUUACAUCAACGAGAGCUUUUCCAUUCGUUGUAACACAAGUUUCGACCCUCCGAGAGCGUUCUUAACCACCACCGAUAUCGAAGUCCUCCACAUCUCCGUCGAUGGUUAUUUGCGAAUCCGAUAUCCGGUGGGCUACGACUGUUAUAAUUCAUCGGGAAGUAGCAGUUAUUUCAAUGCGGGGUUCACGCUCGAAAAAUUCUACAUAUCUCACACGAGAAACAAGUUCACGGCCAUCGGUUGCGACACCUACGCUUACAUCGAGGGCUUCGUCGGGCGGACGUAUUCGACGGGAUGCGUGUCGUUUUGCUACGACGCGGCUGAAGUGGUAAACGGAUCUGGCUCCGGCAUCGGUUGCUGCCAGAUUGAUAUCCCUAAAGGAGUGACGGAUUAUAGAUUAAGUUUCGGUAGCUAUUGGAGCCACUCAAAAGUGUUGAGCUUCAAUCCUUGCAGCUAUGGAUUUGCAGUGGAAGAUGGAGUCUAUGGCUUCUCUCUAUCUCAUUUUCUCGACCCUGAUUUCGGCAAAAAGAAGUUCCCAAUGAUUCUUGAUUGGACAAUUGGGAACCAAAGCUGCACAGAAGCUAGAAUGGAUCCACAAAAUUAUGCUUGCAAGGAAAACAGUGCUUGUAUAGCUCCAGCAAAUGGCCGUGGAUAUUUAUGCAAGUGUCUUCAUGGCUCCAAGGGUAACCCUUACCUCUCCCACGGCUGUCAAAUUUAGGUUCAGUUUUUAAAUAUCAAUAUAAUUAAAUAAAGAUUGCUUAAAAAAUAA